UCUCUGGUACGCCGCGUCUUUUCUCGCGACGCGAGUUGCGACAACCGAAUAAAUUUAUUUUGGGUUAUUUGAUCCUUUUUAAUGGCUGCCGUAUAACGACUGAAUGUGUACUUAAAUCAAACAUGAGUGAUUAUUCUUCUAUGGCUACGCUUCAAAACAAUAGCCAACCGGCGGGAUUUGCGGCUGCUCUACAACGUGCUAAAUUGGUUGCUGCUAAAAUCGAGGGUGGUGGUAGCAAGAGACCUUUGGAAGACGGACCUGAGCCGAGCGCAAAGAAAUUGGCUUCAAUUGACCCGGCAUAUCAACAACAACACGCAGCAAUGAGUUCAUCAUCGGCGGCGGCGGCUGCUGCAGCGGCAGCGGCGGCUGCGGCGCGCAUCGCCGCGGCUAACCCCACACCCCCAGCCCCGGCCCCUCCUGGCCUCAUGCAGGACCAGACCCUGAACGAGUACAUCCGGGUGCCGGACAAGAUGGUUGGCUUAAUUAUCGGUCGUGGCGGUGAGCAGAUCACCCGAUUGCAAGCCGAGUCCGGUUGCAAGAUCCAAAUGGCUCCCGGCUCCGGUGGUCAGCCGGACCGCGUCUGCACUCUCACUGGCUCCAGGGAGGCCAUCGCACGCGCCAGGGAACUGGUGAACCAAAUAGUGAACCAUCGCGGGCGAGAAAACGCGCCUCAACACGACGGGCCCGGCAUGGGCAUGGGCAUGGGCGGCGGGGACAUGGGCAGCCCGCCCAUGCAGAGGGGCGGCGGCGGCGGUGGCGGCGGCGGCGGCGGUGGUGGUGGUGGUGGUGGCCUCGCGAUUACUGAAGAAGUGAUGCUACCCGGUCCCAAAGUGGGUCUGAUCAUCGGCAAGAACGGCAAGACCAUCAAACAGCUGCAGGAGCAGUCUGGCGCCAAGAUGGUCGUCAUCCAGGACGGACCCAACACGGAAUAUGAGAAGCCCCUACGUAUCUCAGGCGACCCGAGCAAAGUGGAACACGCGAAGCAGCUUGUGUUCGAGCUGUUAGCCGACAAGGAUGCCGGCGGCGGCGGCGGCGGUCGCCAGUACGACGACGUGUACUCGCCCCAAGACCAGGGCAACCAUAUGGGCGGCAACCAAACUGAGGUAUUAGUACCAAAAAUAGCCGUGGGCGUUGUGAUCGGGCGCGGCGGAGACAUGAUCAAGAAAAUCCAGGCGGAGACCGGGUGCCGAGUUCAAUUCCACCAGGAGAGAGAUGACGGGCCCGGAGAUAAGAGAUGUUACCUACAAGGCAAACCUCACCAAGUGGACCAAGCGCGUCAAAUGAUUGAAGAUUUAAUCGCCAGCGUCAACAGGCGAGAUCAAGAAGUGCGAUCCGGGCGCGGUCGCGGCGGCUCCGGGCAGCGCAACGGCGACCGUGGGGACUUCCAGCAGUGGCAGGACCAGGAGAUACGCGUCACCUUCACCGUGUCUAAUCUGAAGUGUGGACUCAUCAUCGGCAGAGGCGGCGAAGUAAUAAAACAGAUUAACGCGCAAUCGGGCGCGCACUGCGAGCUAGACCGACGCGCACAGGGCGCGGAUCGCAACAACCGCACCUUCUACAUCCGCGGACACCCGGACGCGGUUGAACACUGCAAACGGAUCAUUAUGGAGAAAGUUGGCAUGCCGGUGAACUUCAUCCAAGAGGGCGGCAACGGUGGCGGCAGCAACAACGGCAACGGCAACGGGAACGGCGGCGGCGACUACUACGGCGGCGGAGGCCCGCAGGGCGCCGCUUGGGGCUACAACCCGCACUGGCACCAGCCCAACAACCAGCCGCCACAGCAGCAACAAGUGAACAUCAACCCGAGUACGGGCCAGCCCGACUACUCACAACAGUGGAUCGACUACUACCGCUCGCUGGGGCUCAUGAGGGAAGCGGAGGCGAUAGAGCAGCAGGCUAAACAACAGCAGCAAGGAGGAGGCGGAGCGGGCGGCUCGGGCCCCGGCGCCGGCCCGCCCGGCCCCGGCGCCGCGCCCGGCCCCGCGCCCUCCCCGGCCCCGGCCGCCGGCGCGGACUACAGCGCGCAGUGGGCCGAGUACUACCGCAGCAUCGGCAAGCUCAAGGAGGCCGAGGCCAUCGAGCAGCAGAUCAAAAUGAAGCAAGGGCAACCGGCCCCGGGCUCCGCGGCCGCCCCGUCCGCGCCCGCGCCCGCCGCCACGCCGCCCGCGGCCGUCAUGCCGCAGCAGUACCAGUACCCCGGCUACCCCGUGCAGGCCUACCCGCCCUACCAGCCCUACCAGUACCAGCAGCCCGACCACCAGCAGUGAACAGGCCGCGGCGCACCGAUCACCGACGAGACGACACUUCAUUCUAGACUGUAAGGCCUGUCCACACUGAGCGACAAAAGUCACAAGUCACGUGACAGAUGCUAUGUGAUCGCGUAAAUCUG